GGAAUGGGGUGAAGGGUGGUUCAAUGGCCCUUCACGUCACCAUCCUUCUGGCCGGCGGAAGUUAAGCAACGGAGAGGCGGGCCUAGGACGGAAGCAGGAAGGAGGGCUCAGGAAGCAGGGAGCCGCAGCCAGUCGCACUGUCGAUCCGUGAGUCUGUCGGUCCGGAGGGCAGGAUGGAGAAGCUGCGGCUCCUGGGCCUCCGCUACCAGGAGUACGUGACUCGUCACCCGGCCGCCACAGCCCAGCUGGAGACGGCAGUGCGGGGCCUCAGUUACCUGCUGGCAGGUCGUUUCGCCGAUUCGCACGAGCUGUCAGAGCUGGUGUACUCGGCCUCCAACCUGCUCGUGUUGCUCAAUGAUGGGAUCCUACGGAAGGAGCUGCAUAAAAAGUUGCCUGUGUCACUGUCCCAGCAGAAGUUGCUGACAUGGCUGAGCGUGCUGGAGUGCGUGGAGGUGUUCAUGGAGAUGGGGGCCGCCAAGGUGUGGGGUGAAGUGGGCCGCUGGCUCGUCAUCGCCCUCAUCCAGCUAGCCAAGGCUGUACUGCGGAUGUUCCUGCUGAUCUGGUUCAAGGCUGGCCUCCAGACCUCACCCCCCAUCGUCCCACUGGACAGGGAGACCCAGGCACGGCCCCCGGAUGGUGGCCACAGCCCUGGCAGCCAGGAGCAGUCCUAUGUGGGGAAGCGGUCAAACCGAGUGGUGCGAACCCUCCAGAACACUCCUUCCCUGCACUCAAGGCACUGGGGAGCCCCCCAGCAGCGGGAGGGGCGGCAGCAGCACCAUGAGGAGCUGAGUGUCCCCCCGACGCCGCUGGGGCUGCAGGAGACCAUCGCAGAGUCCUUGUAUAUUGCCCGGCCCCUGCUGCACUUGCUUAGCCUGGGCCUCUGGGGUCAGCGGUCUUGGACACCCUGGCUCCUGUCUGGUGUUGUGGAUGUGACCAGCCUGAGCCUCCUGAGCGACAGGAAGGGCCUGACCCGGAGGGAGCGGCUGGAGCUGCGGCGCCGGACCAUCCUGCUGCUCUACUACCUGCUUCGCUCCCCAUUCUACGACCGCUUCUCUGAGGCCAGGAUCCUCUUCCUGCUCCGGCUGCUGGCAGACCACGUCCCGGGCAUUGGCCUGCUCACGAGGCCGCUCAUGGAUUAUUUGCCCACCUGGCAGAAAAUUUAUUUCUACAACUGGGGCUGACAGGCGUCUGGGAACGGGGUGCGGGGAGGGGCAGCAUGCUCUAAUGCUGUGGGCAGGGGUGCCUCGGCCCUUCAGUCCCCUGUGCCCCUCUGCCCUAAUAAAACUGACUCAGGCAGUGUCCAA